UCCCCCCCCAAAAAAAAACCAAAAAAAAAAAAAAAGAGAGAAAAAAACACAAAGGAUACGAUCAAUCAGAAAAUUCUUUUCCUUUUACAGAUUUAUUUAUUUUUGUGAUGGUAAAAAUUUAUACGUACCUUUGCAAAAUUUGAUUGAAUUAAUUAUAUAUAUGUAUGUAUUUUCUUUUAUAAAACUUUAAUUCCCCUGUGCUUGUAAACUGAUGUACCUUUGGAUAGUUUAUGCACCUGAUUGGAAGAUGAACAGGAUGAGAAGGAUUUCUAUUAAGGGAACAGAGAUGGGUUUAGCUCUUGCUUCUUCCAGUCUCUUAUUUCAUCUCCUGCUUCUCAUGGGUGCUCAUGGUAGUGAAUCUAGGCAGAGUUUGAAAUUCCAUACCCAAAAUGAAAACAAUAUCAUCCAGCUCCCCAGCAGUAAUAUCAAAAUCAACAACCACAAGAAGGUAGAUGAUCUUCAACUUGUGAAGUUUGAUGCUAAGCAAGAUGGUGAUGAUCAUCAUGGAACAAAAACAGAGCAUGUUCAUUCUCAUGGACCAUCAUCCCAUAUGGAUCACAUGGACCCCUCGGUAAUGCUUUUCUUCACCAUGGAGGAUCUGAUUGUAGGUAAAAUAUUACCUGUUUAUUUCCGCAGGACAAAUCCUUCAACUUCUACUCACUUUUUGCCAAGAGAGGAAGCCGAUUCCAUUCCUUUCUCGCUGAAAGAACUUCCUAAUCUUCUCCAAUUCUUUUCUUUCUCCCAAAACUCUCCCCAAGCCAAAGCCAUAGAAGACACACUAAGGCAAUGUGAGAUUGAACCCAUUAAAGGAGAGACCAAGUUAUGUGUUACUUCCCUCGAAUCCAUGCUUGAUUUUGCCCGGAGUGUCUUCGGAUUGAAUUCAGAUUUCAAUUUGGUAACAACGAGCUAUUACGGCAAUUCAAACAUCACAAUCCAGAAUUACACAAUCUUGGAAGUUCCUAAAGAGAUUUUGGCAUCUAAGAUGGUAGCAUGCCAUUCCAUGCCUUAUCCCUAUGCUGUAUUCUAUUGCCACAGCCAAAAGAGUGAGAACAAGGUGUAUAAAAUUUCAUUGGGUGGCGAUAAUGGAGAGAGGGUAGAAGCUGUUGCUGUUUGCCACAUGGAUACCUCGCAGUGGAGCCCAAAUCAUGCAUCGUUUCGCGUGCUUAGGAUUAUGCCGGGGACUUCCCCUGUGUGCCACUUCUUCCCAGUUGAUAAUCUCAUAUGGAUUCCAGCACCUACUGCUUAAUGUGAUAGCUCAUUUUCUACCACUACUACUAUAUACGUGUGUGCUUGUAUGUCAAAUACAGUGCUGAUAAAAUUGAAGCCAGAUCAGGGGAUUUAAUGCAUGUUUGACAGUGUGUUUGUUUUGUGCAGAAAGAAAGAAUUUUUUUCUUUUUGCUAAUGCAAGACAAUUAUAUUUUGCUUCACUGUUUUCA